AUGCGAUGCUAUCCAGAAGAUAUCUCAGAUAAGACCAAUCUCUACACCGCAAUACAGACCAAUGCCGCGUACCAAGGGCUCAAACAUCCUGUCAAGAAGUCGGACGACGGCAAAUAUCUACCAGAUUUCACGUACCGUUACAUGACGGAGGAUAUCCCAUACGGAUUGGUUGUCAUCCGGGGUAUUGCAGAAAUUGUAGGGGUUGAGACGCCCAAUAUUGAUAAGGUGUUGCUGUGGUCUCAGGACAAAAUGGGCAAAGAGUAUCUGGUGAACUCAAAGAUACAAGGCAAAGAUGUCGAGAAGUCCCGAGCGCCACAGAGAUAUAAAUUUACCACUGUUGAAUCCAUCUUAUAG